AUGAAAGUAUUUUUAGUGUUUGCUUUGUUAGCCUUUACUGCCCUGGCUAGUGAUCCUUUCAAAACAGAGGAUUAUGAUGCAGGGCUUAUUGAGCUAGAACCUGGAGAUGAAAUGUUCUAUUGGCUUGUCAGAUCAAGAAAAGACCCAGAGAAUGAUCCUUUGGUGCUUUGGCUGAACGGAGGUCCUGGAUGUGCCUCUGAGCUUGGACUCUUCUAUGAGAAUGGUCCUUGGACUAUUAACGAUGAUCUUUCUUUGGAGACUAAUGAGCACUCCUGGAAUGAGAUUGCCAACAUGAUCUAUGUCGAUCAGCCUUUGGGGACUGGAUUUAGUAAAACCAACAAGCCAGAUCACAUUGCAAGGAAUGAGAAGAUGGUUGCAGAUACCUUCUUUGUGUUCUUAGAGAAAUUUGUUGAGAAGUUCCCAGAAUUCCAAGGUAGACCAUUUUAUAUCACUGGAGAGAGUUAUGCUGGACAUUAUAUUCCAGCAAUCACUGCCAAGAUUGUGGAGAUGGACAACCCAAAAAUCAACCUAAUCUCAUCUGCUAUUGGAAACGGAUGGGUUGAUCCUGUACUUCAGUACCCUCAAUAUACUACAUUCGCCGUAGAGAACGAACUUAUCGGAAGCUUCCAUGCUAAGGUACUUGAUGCUGGGUAUUGGCUGUGUGCCAAAACUAUCGGUAUCCAUCUUGGUGCCUUUGCUUAUAUCCCAUGUGAAUUACUUACAAAUACAAUCUUGGGUAACCCAAUCAACCCAAGAUUCAAUGUUUAUGAUAUUAGAAAGAAAUGUAUUGGUGAUGGAUGCUACCCAAUGGAGAACUUGGAUAUUCUUUUGAACAAACCAGAGAUUCAACAGAUCUUGGGUGUUGGCAAGAGAUUCUACAGUCAAUGCAGUAAGCUACCACAACUUUUCAUGAUGGGAGAUCACAACAGAAAUCUCAGACCAAAGGUUGAAUACGCUUUGGACAAUGGAGUUGGAAUUCUUGUCUACUCAGGAGAUAAAGACUUCAUCUGUAAUUGGAGAGGAGGAGAAGCCUGGACUCAUGCCAUUGGAUUUGAAGGAGGCAACUACCUUGAAGGAGAAGAAUACCAACAAUGGACAGUCGAUGGAGAAGGAGCUGGAGAGUACAAAAGAUCAGGUAGCUUCACUUUCUUGAGAAUCUACGAUGCAGGACACAUGGUGCCAAUGGAUCAACCAAAGAGAGCCCUCGAUAUGCUUCAGAAGUUUAUCAACCAAGAGUUCUAA